UCCCCGAUUAUCUUUUUUAUCUUUUUCAACUUGUAACCAAUUUUUUUCUUGGCUUAAAGAAAAAAAAAGGUCAAUUAGUUCUUUCCUUUUCUCUACGUUCGUUACAAAAAUUACCAUGCUUGCUUUUCGCGGCUUUUCCAAAUCUAUUACCCGCACGGGUCUUUGUGAUGCUCGCAUCUUGAGCCGUCGUCAUUACGGUGCACCGGCUAUGCUUGGCGCUUCGGAUCCCCGUAAAGACAAAACCGUUCAUUUGACCUCUUCCAAAGGUGUCAAUGUCAUUCACGAUCCCCUUUUGUCAAAAGGUACUGCGUUUAGCAUCGCUGAACGAGAAAGACUGUCUAUCCGUGGUCUCGUUCCUCCUCGUUGCCAGGAAAUGGACAAACAAUUGUUGAGAGUCAAGCGUAACUUGGACGCUUGUGAAACGCCCUUGGCCAAAUUCAUUUUCUUGUCCGCUUUGCAAGACCGUAAUGAGACCUUAUUUUACAAGUUGCUGAUCGAGCAUUUGGAGGAGUUGGCUGGUAUCAUUUAUACCCCCACUGUCGGCCUUGCUUGUCAGCGUUCGCAUUCCAUUUACCGCCGCUCGCGUGGUAUGUACUUCUCAUCGCAGGACAGAGGAAACAUGUCUGCUAUGGUAUACAACUGGCCCCAUGAUGAAGUCGAUGUCAUUGUUGUUACGGAUGGUUCCCGAGUCCUUGGUCUUGGUGAUUUGGGUGCCAACGGUAUGCAAAUUCCUAUUGGUAAACUCAGUUUAUAUGUCGCGGCAGGUGGCAUCCGACCUCGUGCCGUUUUACCCGUCGUUCUCGAUGUCGGUACCAAUAAUGAAGGCUUGCUUAAUGAUCCCUUGUAUCUUGGUAUGGGUCACCCACGUCUUGAAGGCGAAGACUACUACUCUUUCGUCGAUGAAUGGGUCACCGCCAUUCACAGCAGAUGGCCAAAUGCGUUGAUUCAGUUUGAGGACUUCAAGUACCCCUACGCCUAUAAUCUCUUAAACAAAUACCGCGAUAAUGUCACCUGUUUUAACGAUGAUAUCCAAUCAACAUCGGCUAUUACCUUGGCCGGUAUCCUCGCUGCGCUCAAGGCACGUGGUAUGAAGAAGGAAGAUUUGGCCGAAGAACGCAUCAUCUGUGUUGGCGCUGGUUCCGCUGGUGUGGGUGUGUGUGAAGGUAUCAUUGACUGCAUGGUCGCUCAGGGUCGUGUCAAGACUCGCGAAGAGGCCUAUCGUCGCAUCUGGAUGAUUGAUCAGCACGGUCUCUUGGGUAACUCGGCUUUGGCCGCCAACGAUCCAACCCGUAUUGUCCAAGGCCCUGAACGUUCCGUUAAGCUCGAUGAACGUCAAUCGUGCUACGUCAAGACAGACAUGCCCGAUCGUUUAAGUCUUGAAGAAGUGGUGGAGCAGGUGAAACCUACCGUGAUUUUGGGAUUGACAGGUAUUCGUGGUGUAUUCACGGAGAAGGCCAUUCGCACCAUGGCUCAAUAUCAGAAACAACCCGUUGUGUUCCCAUUGAGCAACCCUGAUUCCCACGCCGAGUGUACGGCUGAAGAAGCCUUCAAGUGGACCGAUGGUCGCGCCAUCUUUGCUUCCGGUAGUCCCUUCAAGGAUGUCCUUUUGCCCAAUGGCAGCCUCGGUCGCACCAAUCAAUGCAACAACUCUUACAGCUUCCCCGGUCUUGGUUUGGGUAUCACUGUAUCUAGAGCAAGUCGCGUUACUCCCAACAUGUUCUUGGAAACUGCCAAGACCAUUGCUGAUAUGGCAAGUCCGUCACAGUUGAAGGAUGGUAUCUUGUUCCCCGGUGUCAAGAACUUGCGCGAUGUGGCUUUGGAAGUCGGUACUCGUGUAUGCGAGGUCGCUUACGAAGAAGGUGUCGCUACCGCCAAGUUAAAGGAAGGUGAAAUGUUGAGCGACGUCGUCAAGAACUCCAUGUAUGUUCCUGAAUACGUUCCCCUUGUCCAUCAUGCAUACCAUUAGAAACCCAAAUAGAAUAGCAACGCAUUAGAUAUGUUUUUUCUUUUAAUUUAAUACAUAGACUUAUUUAUAUGGCAUCAACCAUUCCAUCGUAUAUUGACUUUCGCAUAAAGCAACGGAAUGGGUGUCCGGGGUCGUGGCUUGGAAGGGAGAAAUAAAAAAAAAUAAAAAAAGGAAAUAAUCUUAAAGGGAAG